AAACAAGCGGCUCGAUAACCGCAUAAAAAUAGCUACACUCAAUUUCGCGAAUCAUUUUUUAUUAAAUAAGUCAGAUACAAGGUCGCACAGCUUAGAAUUUGGAUUAUUUUAGUUUAGGGGAUCAUAAAAAUGUUUUGGCUUUUGGUCGGGGGGGCUAUUGUGGCACUGGUGGCUCUUAUCUAUUUUAACCAGAAGAAAAAUGAGGAGUUUUGGAAACAGGUUAUGGCUAUUCCUGGUCCUGAAGGAUUUCCGUUAGUGGGAACGGAAUAUCAUUUAGAUUCUACAGAGGAAGCCUUUGUCAGGGACAGGACCUAUGUUAAAUUAUAUGGUACAAUAUUUAGAAGAUGGGCAUCAGGUUUGGCUUAUAUAAGUUUAUCCAAUCCAGAGGAUAUUGAGUUGUUAUUAAAUAAUACUAAACAUCUUGAAAAAGAUGUAUUCUACGAUCUUCUUCACAAUUGGCUUGGACAAGGACUUUUAACUAGCAAAGGAGUUGAAUGGCACAAGAGGAGGAAGAUUUUGACCCCUGCUUUUCAUUUUAGCAUUUUGCAGGAAUUCGCAGAAGUAUUUAAUAAAGAAGUCAGCCUUCUUGUUGAAGAUAUAAAAAAAUCUUGCAGCAAACCAUACAUUGACGUGGUUAAACCAAUAUCAGAAUUUACGUUGUAUUCCAUUGGAGAAACUUCAUUGGGGAAAGAUUUACGUGACGACCCAAAAUGUGACGAAUAUAAGCAAGCAGUAUACGACUACGGCGACCAUUACAUGUACAGGAUGAUUCGACCCUGGCUUCACGGCUCAUUCCUUUUCAACUUAACGGAAGUCGGUAAAAAGGCACAAAAAACCUGUGAAGUUCUACACGAUUUUUCCAAUAAUAUUAUUAGAGAAAGAUAUGAAACGUUACAGAAGGGUGCUGAUGCUCAGUUCGCCAAAAAGAGAUUGGCUUUGCUGGACUUGAUGAUUAAAGCAAAAUAUAAUGGAGCCAGUAUUGAUGAUCUGGGGAUUAGGGAAGAAGUAGAUACCUUUAUUUUGGCUGGCCACGAUACCACUGCUGUAGCUUUAGGCCACAUUCUAAUGCUCUUAGCUAAUGAACAGGAAGCUCAGGAAGAAAUCUACCAAGAAAUACAAGCAGUAUGCGAAGAUCCAAACAAACCAACAUUCGCUGAAUUGGGAGAAAUGAAAUUCGCAGAAAGAUGCAUUAAAGAAAGCUUAAGAUUAUAUCCAAGCGCCGUCAGUAUUUCACGAUUGUCAGGAGAAGAAAUAAAAACCAAAACUGGAUAUACUAUUCCUAAAGGAUGUACAGUAGCUGUCUUGAUUUACGACCUACAUCGUAAUCCAGAGAUCUGGGAAAAUCCUUUAAAAUUCGACCCUGAUAGAUUUUUACCUGAAAAUAUGUCAGGAAGACAUCCAUAUGCUUAUAUUCCUUUUAGUGCUGGAAGCAGAAAUUGCAUAGGACAAAAAUAUGCCAUGUUGGAACUGAAAACUGCAGUUUGUGGACUGAUAAACAAUUUUAAGCUGGAACCUGUAACAAGACCUGCAGACAUGAGAUUUAAGGCUGACAUCGUUCUUAGACCAGCUAACGAAAUUAGAAUUAAGUUUGUUCCUAGGAAGUAAUUUUUUGCCGUUUUUAUAUAAAUAUAUCUAUAGUUAAAAUAAGCCUUUUAUGUACAAUUUAUUCUGAAGAUAAUGUGUUAAAUGUUUUGUUUUAACAAACUGUAAUAGCUUAAGCAAAUAAUGCAGCAAUUUGUAAUAAAUCUGUUGAAAUUUAAGAAAAUAAACAAAAAUAUCAACAAUACGAAAACAAAAAAAAAUUAAAUAGGUAUUUGAAAUUAAUAAAGUAA